CCAUGACUUUUCAAGGUGUGGCUUAGUGCAUUUACUUAUUCUUUAGUCCUUCAGAGGAUGAAUAAUAGCAGUCUUGCUGAACACAAGUUGGCUUUGUGGUUUUGGCUAUGAGGGAUACUUUUUUUUCUUGCCACAACUGCACAAGCUGCCUUGUCUCAAGAGCACACAGGUUUUCAGCCCUCUGUGUAAUCUACCACGUUGGCAUGAAUAAGCCUUUCCUUUGUGGAGCAGCCACACUCGUGAUGUAGAUAGAACUGAGGCAUUCCCUCCCUAUUGUGAACCGUGGAGGCUCAUACACACCAGUGUUUCUGGAUAGGCACACAUACAACCCCUCGCCUCCCCCCACCACACACACACACACACACUUCAUAUCACAACAAGCCUGUAAAUCCUGCCUUAAACAAGUAAGAGUGGGAGGAAUCAGUACGAAUUAUAUGCUCUAGAUCUCUUGACAUUCUCUUGGGUGGAGGAUGCAAACUAGAUGGCUCCUGUCUUCCCAAAUUGCUUUCUUUCUCCCUUCCUUCCUUGAGUAUUGUGAAGUACUGUGAAGCAACUUUGGUGAAUCGGAGUGAUAGCUGAUUUCACCCUCACAGUAACUGCCUGGGACAAGAGCACUGCUCUGGCCAGGAUAGGAUGGGUAUGGCCAGGUCUCUUAGUUUUUUGGGUCAUGAUCUCUUCCUCUCUCCCAUGAGCUCCUUUGUUGUAGCUGUGUGGUACUUUCUUAUACACAACUGUGUUUCUCCCAUUUAUUUUAGGAACUGUGUAUGGGAAUAUUUGGGAUCUUGCUUUAUUUAUGUCUGUGAACCGUUUUUCAACUCAUGUUGCAGUUUUUCAUCUAGGGUUUUAUGAAAGAAUUUAGCUCUACAGAAAAUCAUUCGAAUGACUGUUUUUUUUUAGUUCUCCCAAGGAUGAUACAUAGCCAGUCUUCUGGAUGCAUAGGAUGGAAAAGAGCUCAUUGCCUAUAAUAGCAUAUAUUAGGGCAUUAGGACUUUAAUGUCUUAUAGAACCUAGGUUGAUGAGGGCUGCUUUAGAAUGUUUCUGUCAUGUUUGUUGAGGAAGAGAUCUUGAUUCAUUUCAGUCAGUAUUCCACUAACGAUGCUACUUGGUGGUCUCUUCUUACUGUUCAGUAUCCAGCUCAGAUGUUGCCUUUGAUUAUUUACUGAAACAGAGGAACUCAUCCAUUGGGUUAUCUUAGUUGCUUCUUCAUACCGCUGGUACCACAGGCUGUGUUAUCACAUUAUUAAAAUUAUUAUUCACUUAACAGAUGGAGGGAGUGGUUAGAAUUAUUUGCUCUUGAUCUCUUUACUCACUUGGAUAGAGGAUGCAAACUAGGUGGCUAUGUAUAUGGUAGGCUUUUGUGCAGGCUCUCCAAAAACUUGCCUUACUAUAUUGUGGUAGGUGGCCUCCCACAUUGAAUAGAGCUGGCCUGUGUAACCACAGGGUAUGAUGGAAUUGAUGGAGUGUGAAUUCUGAGACUAGGUCAUAAAAGUUCACUGGCUUCUGCUUUGUCUCUUUUGGAGCUGCCAUGUUGUGAGGAUACUCCAGCAGCUCUGUGGCAAGAUCCAUAGGACCUCCUGACGACUGCCAGCACCAACUUAACCAACCAAGCGAUGAGCCAUCUUGAAAACUGGUCGAAUUGACAAAUCCUACCCUACAGUAUGUGGCCACACAGGACCAGUGCUGGACAUAGACUGGUGCCCACAUAACGAUCAGGUCAUUGCCAGCGGUUCAGAGGACUGCACAGUCAUGGUAUGGCAGAUCCCAGAAAAUGGACUCACGCUUUCCCUGACUGAACCUGUGGUGAUUUUGGAAGGCCACUCAAAGAGAGUCGGCAUCGUGGCUUGGCAUCCGACAGCCCGCAAUGUGCUUCUUAGUGCAGGCUGUGAUAAUGCCAUUAUCAUCUGGAAUGUAGGAACAGGGGAAGCCCUUAUAAACUUGGACGAUAUGCAUUCAGACAUGAUUUACAAUGUGAGCUGGAACCGGAAUGGCAGUCUGAUCUGCACAGCUUCCAAAGACAAGAAAGUGAGAGUCAUUGAUCCCAGGAAACAAGAGAUAGUUGCUGAGAAGGAGAAAGCACAUGAAGGAGCAAGACCCAUGAGAGCCAUCUUCCUGGCCGAUGGCAAUGUCUUCACCACUGGGUUCAGCCGCAUGAGUGAGCGGCAGCUGGCUCUCUGGAAUCCGAAAAAUAUGCAGGAACCAAUUGCUCUUCAUGAGAUGGACACUAGCAAUGGGGUGUUGCUGCCUUUCUAUGACCCUGACACCAGCAUCAUUUACUUAUGUGGAAAGGGUGACAGCAGUAUUCGCUAUUUUGAGAUCACGGAUGAAUCCCCGUACGUCCACUACCUCAACACAUUCAGCAGCAAGGAGCCUCAGAGAGGGAUGGGUUACAUGCCCAAGAGGGGACUUGAUGUUAACAAAUGUGAGAUUGCCAGAUUCUUCAAACUUCAUGAGAGAAAGUGUGAACCUAUUAUCAUGACUGUUCCCAGGAAGUCUGACCUUUUCCAAGAUGACCUGUAUCCUGACACAGCGGGGCCAGAGGCUGCGCUGGAGGCAGAAGAGUGGUUCGAGGGCAAGAAUGCAGACCCAAUCCUCAUCUCCUUGAAGCACGGGUAUAUUCCAGGCAAAAACAGGGAUCUCAAGGUGGUCAAGAAGAACAUUCUGGAUAGCAAGCCCACUGCAAACAAGAAGUGCGACCUGAUCAGCGUCCCCAAGAAAACUACAGACACAGCCAGUGUGCAAAAUGAAGCCAAGUUGGAUGAGAUUUUAAAAGAGAUCAAAUCUAUAAAAGACACAAUCUGCAAUCAAGAUGAGCGUAUUUCCAAGUUAGAACAGCAGAUGGCGAAGAUAGCAGCCUGAAGGUCCCACCCCCACCCCUACAAAAAAAUGGGAGCAAGAACUUGUGCUUGGGAGCUGGUUGUUGGUGUGGUCCUAGGGAGGGCGGAAAGGGAGGCACUGCCAUUUGGAGACAUUCCAUUUCAGAGUUGUCAACCAGCCAUAGGCCACAUUCCAGUAAGAACUCAAUUUGCCUCCCAAAUUUGCAGAAACAAAACGUGAUUUAAAAGCUGAGCUUUUUAUCAGAAUUUUUUUUUGAUGUUUUAAGUGUUAUGUGACUUGUUGAACUUUUUAAAAAGUGCUACUUUUAAAAUCCCAGAUACUCUGAAUUUUAGAAAACAAACUAAUUCUGAUUGUGUCGUGCCCAAGUACCCUUUUUUUUUUUUUUUUUUAAACGAAUAGGGACCAAUGCCACAUUGCUUUUUAUAUUUCUUUCUUUUUUAAUGUUGCCAAAACCAAAAGUAGCUUUGUUUUCCUUUGUAUUUUGCUACUUUGCAGUAUUUGUGUGUGUUUUUUUUUCCGUAAUUUGAAAGGGACAGCACUGUGUAUGUUUAUAAACUAAAUGAAGAUAAGAUAUUAUUUUGUAUAAACAUUCAUCUGAGAACAAUCAAAGCAGUAGCCACAUGGUGCUGGCUCCUUUGCAGCACAAACCUGGUCAUUUUGAUGACUGUACAACAGGAAGACUUGAAAAAUCACGUGGAUUCAUAUUACCACCGCUCUCAUUUCAUGGAGUCUUCUGAUCAAAAAAACUCACAUCGUAUUUCUUCCUUUCCUUUCUCUUUUCUAGAAAUCGGGUGUUUGUACCAGAAUGGAAUUUUGCUUCUUGGUUAUCCUGUGCUUCAGAUGAUUAUAAUCUAACCCAAACUAGCAUGUGUUUCUGCAGUUUGUUACACACCUAGGAUCUAUUGCAUUCAUCACUUUAAACAUCAUGUUUCAGGUUUUGGUCAAUACUUGACAAGGGUGCCCGGGACAGGAAGACGUGUGUACUGCUGAGUGUUCGUUCUUGCCCUUUUCAGCAGCUUGCCCAGCUCUUGAGUACAGUGGUGGGGACUAAAAAUGAGGGCAUUCGGAGAGGGGUAUUUGCCCUGGGUAAUCCUGUGUCCCCAUGCUGUCCCCAUGCUAUGUUGGAGGAGGAAGUGGCUCUUCUUCCACCAACAAAGCUCCUGCUCUACCCUCUUCCUCACAUGUGCUGCGACCUCUCUCAGGGCUCUCCCAGCCAUUCCUUCUUUCCUGCCUGCCUUUUAGCUCUAACCACAUUAAGCUAAGAUGAGGCCAGAGGGUGCGAUUGAAUGAAUAUUGAGACUGAGGAGAAUGAUCAAGAGUGAAGCAGAAACAAGAAUGCAGACCUCUGCUGUAGCUUUAAUGUGUACAAACAUGUCCCUCUGCACAACUAAUCUGCCCCGCCUCUCCAUCUCUCACCAAGGCUGCAUCAAAGCACAGAGGCUCCCCGGACUUGGAGGGGGCCAGAGACUGAGUUCUGGUUGCCUGUUCAUUCCUCGUUUAGCUAGAACUUUGCCCCAUUUCCAAUUUCUUAUAGUGCAUGCUUGGGAAACAAGAUAUAAGGAGCCUCUGUUCUGGAAGGGGCUGUCUGUGAUUGAACGUGAAAUGUGUAGUGCCAUUGGGACCAUGAAGGGAAUUCUUGCACAUGCUCAUGCUGGUGUGGGCGUGGGACUGGUUGGAAACGUCUGUAUUCAGGGAGCCAGGGUGAGGGCAGAGUGUGGUGGCAGCUGAACUUGGAGUAAUGCCCGUAUAGAAAAAGAACCAUGUUCUUAUCCAGCCAAUAUUGGGAGUGCUGUCUCCACAAUUUCAGGGCAUCUGAAUGUUUGAUGUGGUUUCGUGUGUGUGUACGUGUGUGUUUAAUAUUGAAGUGGAUCAUGAGAUGUAAAGAAAACAAUAAUGACAAUGAGUUAUAUUCAAACCUGUAUUUGUUUCUUUAUCAGUGUAAUCUGCUGAGGACCUUUGUGUCUAAGAUUCAGAAAUGUUUUAAGGUUCUGAUAUCGAAUUAAUGAAGUAAACAAAGUUGUUGAUGGUGGUGAAACACCGUAGGGCAUGUGGUUCAAAGAGAAGCAGGAGGGCAAGGGAAAGUUACCCUGAUAUUAGUUUGUAGCUUAUGACUUAUUUAAUGAAUAAGCCCAGCCAAGCUUAGAGUUUUUUUUUUUUUUAUUGUGGAUUAUUUUCCUGUUUUGUCUUUUUUUUUUUUUAAGCCCUGACAUCCCGGAAGAGGACAGUGAAUUAUUCCUACGUCGGCUCUUAUAGAGUGGCCAUAGUGUUCUGUCAAAACACUUGCUUCCAUUUUCAGAGAUAAAAAUCAUUGAUUACAAAA